AUGGUGAGAAUGUCGUCUCUCAGUGAAAUACAGUUUCAGCCCGAAACAAAAAAGGCAAAACCUCAAGCUGAUUCCGAAUUCUUGGUGCCACGUGAGGUGAUGCAGAAAGCUGUCAGUGCUAUGAGGAAGACCACAGAAUGCCCUGGAAUGGAGAACAACAGAAAGGACCUUCAGUUUGGGAAGCUGUCUCAAAUACCACUCGAGCAUACGGUAGCGUUCAUGGAAGAGGUGUUAGUGCCUAUUCUAAGCAAUAAGGAAAACCAUACGUCCUGGCCAGGUUGUGUUUCCCAAGAUAUGGAGCAUCAUGUGGAAAUCAUGAAAAAUAAAACACAAAUUAUGAAAGGACUGAUGUCAGGAAGAACUCAUCUUCCUGUUCCCACAGGUGCAGCAAAGACUGACUUGCAUCAAAUAUAUGCUGAAAAUAAACAAGAUCCUAAUUCCAGGGCAGUACUACAUGCUAUUGAAUCAAUGGUUAUUAGGUGGUCACAUCAGAUUCAUGACACUGUGAAUAGGGAUUCUGCUGAACCUCUUCUGCAUGGCCUUCAUCCAGACCCCCAAACUGAGCUGAACUUCUGGAAAGCAAGAAAAGACAAUGUUUUCUAUAUAAAUAAGCAACUUCAGAGUCCUGUUGUUCAAAAAAUGAUUAAGAUCUUAAAAGCCGAAGAAAGCAGCUAUUAUCCUGCUUCUCAGGACAUUUUCAAGGAAGUAGAAGAUGCACUUGUAGAAGCCCAAGAUACUGAUCUGUAUCUGAGACUACUGGAAAAAUACAUUCAGCUCUUUCGGGAGAUGGAAUUCCCAAAGAUCCGUAAUUUAAUCCCACCUUUAUUUCACACCAUCUGCCUGAUAUGGAGCCACUCCAAGUUCUACAGCAUGCCUGCACAAAUAGUAGUUCUGCUGCAGGAAUUUUGCAGUCUGCUUAUUGACCAGUCUAGGUUGUAUCUUUCACCAGAAAAUCUUUUCAAAGGAGAAACUGAAGAAGCAUUGGAGCAUGUGAAAAUAGCUAAAACUACCUUAAAAAGCUUUACUUCAUUCUUUAGUUACAGAAACAGAUUGGAAAGUUACUUCACCUGUGGCAAGGAAUUUAAACCAUGGGAUUUCAGAUCUGAGAUGUUGUUUUUCAGAUUUGAUAUGUUCCUCCACCGCUUACUGAAGAUUGAGGAAAUUUUCAUUAACAUGUUGGAAUUCCAAAAGCUGGAAAAGCUGGAGUUUGAUGGACUCAAGGGGAAAAUUUUAAGUGAGCAGGUCUGCAGAAUGAAUGAAGAGUUUCUGGAAAGCUGUGAAGUUUUCAGAAAGAGAACAUACGAUCCUUCAGAUUACAGUAACAUGGAGUUUGAAGAUGAUUACACUGAAUUUAAAGCCAAAACCGUGGAUCUUGACAGACGUCUCACCUCAGUUCUUUGUGUAGGAUUUCAUGACUUUUCAGAGUUAGAAUCCAUGUUCAAGCUCUUAACUCUCUUUGGAAGCUUUCUAAAAAAACCUGUCAUCAUGGAGAUAUUUAGCCCAAAUUGCAAUAUUUUAUUGGAAAUGUUUUAUGAAGAACUGGAUAAAUGCAGACAUAUAUGAGAUUAACUAGUAAAACAGGCAGAAGAAGGGAAUGAAAUAAUUAACAAAAAUACGCCAGUUACUUCAGGAAACCUUAAAUGGGCUAAAGAACUGGGAGGAAUACAGAGAAAUUUCUUAGAAAGUCCAGAAGCUGCUUUUAUUUCUCAGAAAUAUGUGGAGAUGUUGAAAUUCCUUGACCAAUAUGAAGAAUAGACCUACUGUGGAUGUAAAGUUCAGGUGGAUGAAAUUUGUCAGUUUAAUUUAGACCAACCUCUAGUUAAGCGUAAUCCUGAAAAUGGCCUCCUGCGUGUGAAUUUUGACCCUAAGCUAGUGGCUUUAUUAAGAGAGGUGAAAUAACCCUUGAUGUUGAACCAACCCAGUAUUCUAGAUUCUGCUUUAGCUUUGUGUUGUAUCGGAAACCUUGACCUUGUCGUUCAGCUGUACAACAGACUAAUGCAGACUACUCUGGAGGUAGAAUAUCCUCUGACUGAAAAAGAGCUGAGAAGUAUUGAUGACCAGCUAAAAAAAGCAGAAGAAAUAUGCAUGUGGCAGGCGACAACCUGCUGGGACUGCAUCAAACAAGUGAAAACAUCAGUGUGUGAUUUGGAGCAGAGAGUUCAGCAAUCAAAGGACAAUGUUAGAUCAGUCCAGGGAAUUAUGAACGCUUGGAUGGAACGUGCCCUCUUUUUCAGGAAAGGUAAAAAAGAAGCUCUAUUAUACCUGGAUGACAAAGGAGAAAGACUUGCUAAAGUAUACAAAAUGCUGCAAGAAAAUAGCUACCAGAUCCGUCAUCUUGUAAAGGAAAAUUUAAAGCUCUUCAAAGCAGAUUCCUCCUCAGCCUCUUGGGAGAUUUAUAUAGAGUAUGUUGAUGACGUUGUCGUCGAUGGUUUAUAUAACACCAUAAUGCAUUCUUUAGACUUCUUUCUGGAGAACACAGAAAAAAGUUUGAAGCCAGCUCCACUUUUUCAAGCACAAAUGACCUUUAAUGGCACAGAGAUUCAGUUUAAACCUUCUCUAGAUAAAGAGGCUGGUGAUGGCUUUUAUGACCUAGUAGAUGAACUCCUGGGUGAUGUUUUCUGAAUGUCUGCCCAGGUGAAAAGGGUAGCAGCACACCUGGGAUCAGAACAUUACCAGAAUGAUACGGACAACGUGUUUGAUCUGUCUGAAAUCAGGCAGGAGAUUAUGGAGAGAGUGGCAAAUGUUACCAGCAAAGCCCUGGAGUACAGAAGAUCUCUUGCUAGUUAGGUGUCUCUCUGGCUGGAGGACCAGUCUGAGUUUAUGAAGCAAUUCCUUCUCCGUGGUCAUGGUUUAGCAUCCACAAAGAUGUCUCUUACUGACGAAGGCUCUCAACAGCCUCCCACCCUUAAACUGUUUAAAGAGCAGAUUGACAUCUAUGAAAAUCUUUAUGUUCAGAUAAGCCAGUUUGAAGACUCUAAAAUUUUUGGAAGUUCGUUUAAAGUAGAUACGAAGCCUUUCAAAAUGAGCUUGCUAAACAUUGUUAAGAAAUGGAGCGGGAUGUUUAAGGAGUAUCUCUUGAGAUGUGUCAUUGUUAGUCUGACUGACUUAGAGUUUAUAAAAGUGACAGAUGCUGGACUUCGAAGAGAGGCAACCAAGGGAGAUUAUUGUGUGCUGGCAGAAAUCAUGGGCCAUCUCUUGGCUGUGAAGCAGAGGCAGACAACUGCUGAUGAACUCUGUGAACCUUUAAAAGAGAUGGUUGCACUGUUAGAAAGCUAUGGACAGAAGAUGCCAGUUGAAGUUUAUGCCCAGGUAGAGGAGUUGCCUGAAAAAUGGAAUGCCAUUAAGAAGAGAGCUGUGUCGGUGAAGCACAAAGUAACUCCUCUUCAGGCAUCUGAGGUUGCAGUUACCAGAAGAAAAUGCACUUUACUUGAUGGGAAGCAGGUGGAAUUCAGAGAAAGAUUUAAAAUGGAAGCUCCCUUUCAGUUUGAUGCAGAAAAUGCAUAUGCUCGUCUCGAUAAGGCAAAUCAAGAACCUGAGAUGUUGGAAAAAGAAAUGUUACUAAUGCAGGAAUCUGCAAAACUAUUUGAAGUAGCUAUUCCAGACAAAGAAGUGCGGUUGCUCAAGAAAGUUUAGGAUAUUAGUGCUUUUAUUGAUAGCAGCAUUGAUCAUUGGGCUAAAACCCAGUGGAGACAGAUUAAUGUGGAACAGAUGGAUGUGGAGCUCGGAAGGUUUGCCAAGGAAAUGCGGUCUUUGGAUAAAGACGUUCGCUCCCAGGAUGUAUAUAGGGGCUUGGAGUUAAAGGUGAAGAAUCUGAUGUCAUCACUGAGGGCAAUACUGGAGUUGCAAAAUCCUGCAGUCCGGGAGAGACACUGGUACCACCAUGAAUGUGACAGGAGUAAAUAUUCAACCAAAGAGACCCCGGUUGAUGGUCUUUCAUGCUCUACCCAUAGAUGCAGCAGUACUGUCAGGCAUGAGGUAGAGCCACUGCUGCCAACUGUUCAACGUUUCAGGCUUUUAGUAGCAGAAGAUACUACCUUGACAGACCUUCUGGGACUCCAGCUUCAUAAAGUAGAAGAUGAAGUCCAAAGUAUAGUUGACAACGCCGUGAAAGAGUUAGGUACUGAAAAAAUUUUGGCAGAUAUCAGCCAAACAUGGGCUGCCAUGGAAUUUUCUUAUGAAGAGCAUCACAGGAACGAAGCUCCUUUAUUAAAGUCAGAUGAACAGCUGCUUGAACCUUUAGAUAACAAUCAAGUUCAGCUGCAAACAACUUUGAAAAGUAAAUACAUGGUAUAUUUCACUGAACAAGUGAAAGGUUGGCAAAAUAAGUUAAACAUGGCAGAUUCUGUCAUUUCCGUUUGGAUGGAAGUUCAGCGCACGUGGUCUUAUCUAGAAAGUAUUUUCACUAGCUCUGAAGAUAUCAGAAGCCAGCUGCCUGAAGAUGCAAACAGAUUUGAUGAAUUCAACAGACUUCUAAAAGAGUUGGUGACUGACAUAGUAAAUACAAAAAAUGUGAUGGAAGCUACAACCGAGCCAAAGGUGUAUGAAAAAUUGACUUUGCAGCACAGACUUUCUCUUUGUGAAAAAGCUCUGGCUGAAUAUUUAGAAACCAAGCACAUAGCUUUGUCUCGCUUCUGUUUUGUUUCUUCAGCAGACUUGCUAGACAUCCUUUCAAAAGGAACACAGCUAAAACAGGUAGCCCAUCAUCUUACCAAACUUUUUGACAACAUUGCUGAUCUUAAAUUUCAAGAGAAUGUAGAGGAAUCUGUAAAUACUGCCCUUGGGAUGUACAGCAGAGAAAAGGAGUAUGUUCCAUUCUAUGAAGGGUGUGGAUGCAGUGGUCAGGUAGAGUCUUGGUUGCAAUACCUUGAGGAAACUGUUCACAAAACAGUGCGCCUCUACAUCAUGGAGGCGAUACUGACCUAUGAAGAGAAGCAGAGAGAGCAGUGGGUCUUUGACUACCCAGCCCAGGCUGCACUUACUGGUUCACAAAUCUGGUGGGUUUCAGAUGUUGAAAUGGCAUUCAGUAGGCUGGAAGAGGGCUCGGCAUCAGCCCUGGAGGAUUGCCACAGGAAGCAGGUCAUUCAGCUAAACGCUCUUAUUACCGUGCUGCUUGGAGAACUUUCCUCAGGUGGUCGACAGAAAAUCACGACCAUUUGCACCACAGAUGUUCAUGCUAGAGAUGUUGUAGCAAGCCUUGUAGCUCAGAAAGUCACCAGUUCCCGAGCUUUUGCUUGGCUGUCACAGCUACACCGUAGAUGGGAUGACACCCAGAAACACUGUUUUGCCAACAUGUGCAACGCUCAGUUUCAGUACUCUUAUGAGUACUCAGGAAAUACCCCUCGGCUAGUUAUUACACCUUUGACUGACAGGUGUUACAUUACCCUAACCCAGUCUCUCCACCUAACAAUGAGUGGUGCUCCUGCAGGACCAGCCAGCACAGGUAAAACAGAGACCACCAAAAAUCUAGGCUGUGCCCUUGGUAUGAUGGUGUACAUCUUCAACUGUUCUGAGCAGAUGGAUUACAAGUCUAUAGGGAAUAUCUAUAAAGGUUUGGUCCAGACAGGAGCUUGGGGAUGCUUUGAUGAAUUCAAUCGCAUCUCGGUAGAAGUUCUGUCGGUGGUGGCAGUACAAGUAAAGACUAUCCAUGAUGCAAUUAGGAACAAGAAAAAGAAAUGAGUAUUUUAGCAAUUUUUAUUCCUUGGUGAAAACAUUACAUUGAAGUCAUCGGUUGGAAUAUUUAUUACCAUGAACCCAGGAUACGCAGGUCGGACAGAACUACCUGAAAACCUCAAAGCUCUGUUCAGACCCUGUGCCGUGGUCAUCCCUGACAUUGAACCGAUCUCUGAAAUUACGUUGGUUGCUGGAGGCUUUAUUGAUGCACGUCUGGUAGCCAGGAAUUUUAUUACCUUGUAUGCUCUCUGCAGGGAGCUGCUUUCUAAACAGGACCAUUAUGACUGGGGACUUUGUGCUAUCAAGUCAGUUUUGGUAGUUGCUGCCUCUCUGAAACGAGGAGACAAGAACAGACCUGAGGAUCAGGUGCUUAUGUGAGCCUUAAGAGACUUCAGUUUGCCUAAAAUAGUGACAGAUGAUAUCCCAAUUUUCAUGGGCCUGAUCAGUGACCUGUUUCCAGCUCUGGAUGUUCUGAGGAAGAAGAACCUGCAAUUUGAACAGAUGGUUAAACAAUCUACCCUGGAGCUUCACUUGCAGCCUGAAGAGAGCUUUAUUCUCAAAGUUGUUCAGCUGGAGGAGCUACUGGCAGUGUGUCACUCUGUGUUUGUCGUUGGAAAUGCAGGGACUGGAAAGAGUAAGGUGCUGAAAGUUCUGCGUCACAUGUACAUGAACAUGAAACAAAAGCCUGUUUGGAAUCACCUUCACCCCAAAAUUCUGGCAGCUGAUGAACUGUUUGGUUUUAUACACCGUGCAACCCGAGAAUGGAAAGAUGGUCUCCUGUCAUCUCCUCUGAGAGAGCAAGCUAAUAUUACCCGUGAGGGGCCAAAAUGGUUAGUUUUAGGUGGGGAUAUAGAUCCUAUGUGGAUUGAGUCGCUCAACACUGUUAUGGAUGAUAACAAGGUUCUGACCCUUACAAGCAAUGAACGUGUGCCUAUGACUCCGUCAAUGCGGCUGCUAUUUGAGGUACGCCAUUUAAGAGCUGCUACCCCAGCUACAGUAUCCAGAGCUGGUAUUCUCUAUCUGAACACCCAGGACGUGGGGUGGAAUCUGUAUGUUGCCAGCUGGAUAGAAACAAGGAGAUACCAAUCUGAAAAGGCUAACUUGACUGUUCUCUUUGAUAAAUAUGUGCCUCCUUAGUUAGAACAACUUGGAACAAGAUUUAAAACUGUUACUCCUAUUCCUGAGAAUAGUAUGGUUCAGACGUUCUGUUCUCUGCUGGAUUGUUUUCUGACCCCUGAAAAUGUGCCAAUGGAUUGCCCCAGAGAGCUCUAUGAGAUAUAUUUUGUCUUUGCUUGUAUUUGGGUGUUUGGUGGGGUGCUCUCUCAAGAUCAGCUUUCAAAAUACAAAGCUUAAUUCAGCUGCUGGUGUCUUAAGAAGAUGAAAGCAGUGAAGUUUCCAUCCCAGGGCACAGUGUUCGAUUAUUACCUUGAUCCAGAGACAAGGAAGUUCCUGCCCUGGGUGGAUAAGGUCCUGAGUCCUGAUGUGGAUCCAGAUGCAUCCCUGCAGGCAAUCUUUGUUCACAUAUCUGAGACUGCACAUCUCGAAUAUUUUAUUGAUUUACUCUUAACAAAAGGCAAACCAGUCAUGCUUGUUGGAAACGCCGGAGUAGGAAAAACAGUGUUUGUAGGUGAUAGGCUUGCUGCUCUCUGUGAAGACUACCUCCUGGCUAACAUCCCUUUCAACUACUACACAUCAUCAGCAGUGCUCUAGAAAAUGCUUGGAAAAAAGCUGGAGAAAAAAGCUGGUCAUAACUAUGGCCCAGUAGGAAAUAAGAAACUUAACUAUUUUAUUGAUGAUUUGAAUAUGCCUGAAGUGGAUAGAUAUGGAACAGUUCAACCUCACGCGUUGAUUUGGCAGCAUAUAGAUUAUGGACACCGAAAAGAGAAGCAUAAACUAACUAUUAAAGAAAUUCAUAAUUGUCAGUAUAUUGCCUGUAUGAAUCCAACUGCUGGCAGCUUCACUAUCAACCCUAGGCUCCAGGUAUGAUGUUUUGCAGUAUUUGCUUUGAACUUCCCUUCUUCAGAUUCCCUGACUAUCAUCUGUAGCAAGAUAGUUUGCUUCCACUUCCAGCAACAUGCUUUUACUCCAUCAGUAAUCAAGAAUAUUCCAGCCAUAGUACAAGCAGCCAUAUGGCUUCACCAGGCAGUGGUUCAAAACUUCCCACCAACUGCUAUUAAGUUCCACUGUAUCUUUAACAUGAGAGACCUCUCCAAUGUCUUCCAGGUCUAUAUCAAUGUGGAAGACCAAGUGUUGCUGCAAUCUCCGCUCAUCUAUUGCCAUUUUGCAAACGGCAGAGCAGACCCUUGCUACAAGCCAGUGAAAGGGCGGGAACCGCUGAGGAAUAUACUUGAGGAGUUUCUAGAAAGCUACAAUGAAAUGCAUGCUUCUACCAACCUAGUCUUAUUUGAGGGUGCCGUGCAGCAUGUGUGCCAGAUUGGUUGUAUCCUAGAAGCCCCUAGGGGUUAUGCACUUCUGAUUGGAGUAGGUGGUAGCGGUAAACAAAGCUUGUCGAGGCUGGCAGCAUACAUCUGCUCCCUGGAGGUUUUCCAAAACACUGAAGACUACACGAUCCAGGACCUGAGGGUAGAUCUUGCCAGUUUGUACAUCAAGACUGGUGCCAAGAACAUGCCCACAGUGUUUUUGCUGACAGAUGCCCAGGUUCCAGAUGAACGCUUUCUUGUGCUGAUUAAUGACUUGUUGGCAUCAGGAGAGGUUCCAGAUCCGUUCAGUGAUGAAGACAUGGAGGGCAUAGUUACAGGAGUUAGAAAAGAAGUACGAGCCCUGGGCCUGAUGGACACCAGAGAAAGCUGCCGGAGGUUCUUCUUGAGUAGAGUGCGGCUGCAGUUAAAGAUCGUUCUGUGUUUCUCGCCUGCCGGUGCCACGCUGUGAGCGCGAGCUCGGAAGUUCCCAGCCAUAGUUAACUGCACCGCUAUUGACCGGUUUCAUGAGUGGCCGCGGGAGGCCCUGCGCUCCAUCAGCAGGAGGUUCAUUGAGCAAGCUGAGGGGGUCGAGCCACUCAUCCAGGACUCCAUUUGUGAUUUCAUGGCUUAUGCCCACACCAAUGUGAAUAUGCUGAGUGCCAAAUGCAAUCGUAAUGAGAGGCGACACAAUUACACCACUCCGAAGAGUUUUCCCGAGCAAUCAUGCUUUAAGAUCCUCCUAGAGAAGAAAAGCAAGGUGAUGUCGGGACACAUGGAGCACUUGGUGAAUGGCAUGCAGAAGCUGAAGGCAGCAGCUUUCCAGGUAGAAGAUCUAAAAUCCAAACUUGCUUCUCAAGAGGCAGAACUGCAACUGAGAAAUCAAGAUGCUGAAGCUUUGAUUGCUAAGAUGGGGUUUCAGACUGAGAAAGUGAGUCAAGAAAAGGCCAUUGCAGAUACAGAGGAGCAAAAGGUAGCAGAAAUCCAAGGAGAAGUAGUAUAUUUGAGACAGAAAGAAUGUGAGGAUGACCUGCUGAAAGCUGAACCUGCUCUUGUUGCUGCUACAGCAGCCUUAGACACGCUUGAUAAGGUUAAUCUUACAGAACUGAAAGCCUUCACCAACCCACCAGUGGCUGUAACCAAUGUUAUUGCUGCAGUAAUGGUUUUAUUGGUAUAUAAAAGGAAAGUGCCCAAAGACCGAAGCUGGAAAGCCGCAAAAGUCUUUAUGGGAAAGGUUGAUGACUUCUUACAAGCUUUAAUCAACUAUGAUAAGGAGCAUAUUCCUCAGAAUUGUCUGAAAGUUGUCAAGGAACACUACUUGAAAGAUCCAGAUUUCAACCCAAAUUAUGCUCGUACAAAACCCUUUCCAGCAGCUGGUCUUUGUGCCUGGGUCAUCAAUAUAGUAAAAUUCAAUGAGGUGUAUUGUGAGGUAGAGCCAAAACGAUGUGCAUUGGCUCAGGCAAAUACUGAAUUAGCAGCAGCUACAGAAAAACUAGAAGCCAUCAGGAAAAAGCUUCUUGUUCUGGAUAGCAAUCUGAGUAAGCUCACAGCUUCACUUGAGAAAGCAGUUGCAGAGAAAGUCCGAUGUCAAGAUGAUGUGAAUCGAACAAACAAAACUAUUGAGCUGGAACAGGCUGGGGUCAAGGGACUUGAGAAUGAGACGUGGCAUUGGAGCCAGUCUGUUGAAAACAUCAAAGCACAAAAGAAAACUUUGUGCAGUGACAUCAUAUUAACAGCAGCAUUUGUGUCUUACUUUGGACCCUUCACAAAACAGUAUCGCUAGGAACUGAUGGAACAUUUCUGGAUUCCUUUUCUAAAGUCACAAAAGGUUCCUACUCCUGUGGCAGAGGGCCUGGACCCGAUUGUCACGUUGACGGAUGAUGCUACGAUUGCAGCGUGGAGUAACGAGGGACUGCCCGGUGAUAGGAUGUCAACAGAAAAUGCCACUAUUCUAACAAACUGCGAGCGCUGGCUUCUGAUGAUAAAACCCCAGCAACAGGGAAUUAAAUGGAUAAAGAAUAAAUAUGGAGCUGACCUUAAAGUCAUACAUCUAGGACAGAAAGGGUAUGUGCAUACCAUUGAAAGAGCUUUGGCUUGUGGAGAGAUUGUACUAAUCGAAAAUGUGGGUGAAUCUAUUGAUCCCAUACUUGAUCCCCUGCUUGGAAGAAACACAGUUAAAAAGGGAAAAUAUAUCAAGAUUGAAGACAAGGAAUGUGAAUUCAACAAGAAUUUCUGUCUCAUCCUUCACACUAAACUGGCUAACCCUCACUACAAGCCAGAACUGCAGGUUCAGACCACCCUCAUUAAUUUCACUGUCACCAGGGACGGGCUGGAAGACCAGCUGUUGGCUGAGGUUAUUAGUGCUGAAAGGCCGGACUUAGAAAAACAUAAGUUGAUCCUGGCCAAGCAGCAGAACCGUUUCAAGACUGAGCUCAGGCAGCUGGAGGAUGACAUGCUGCUCAGCCUGUCAGCUGCCCAGGGCAGUUUCUUAGUCAACAGUGAACUUGUAGAGAAACUUGAAUCAACAAAGUCAACUGCAGCAGAAAUACAGCACAAGAUAGCUGAAGCCAAAGAAAAUGAAGCUCAGAUUAACGUGACAAGAGAGCAUUACAGACCAACAGCCAUAAGAGCAUCCAUUCUUUACUUCGUUAGCAAUAGUCUAGGCAACAUCAACCGCAUCUACCAGUUUUCACUGAAGGCCUUCAAUGCAGUCUUCCACAAAGCAAUUAAGCAGGCUGAAAAAUCAGGGGAUAUUCAGUGUCGUAUCUCUAACCUGACAGAAGCUGUCACAUAUUCAACCUUUCUUUUCACACACCAAGGACUUUUCGAAAAGGAUAAGCUCAUUUUCUUAGCCCAGACAGCUUUUCAGAUUCUUCUAAGAAGUAAAGAGAUAGAACUCCUUGAAUUGGAUUUCCUUGUUUGAUUCAGAGUUGAACACACUAAGAAGAGUCCUGUUGACUUCUUAACUACUCAGUCGUGGAGUGCCAUUAGGGCUAUGGCAGUGAUGGAUGUGUUCAGGGGGUCAGACAAAGAUAUUGAAGGAUCCACCAAGAGGUGGAAGAAGUGGGUGGACUCAGAAUGUCCAGAAAAGGAACAGCUCCCCCAGGAAUGGACAAAAAAAAGCUCUUUUCAGAAAUUAAUCAUACUGAGGGUGCUCCGUCCUGACAGAAUGAUGUAUGCUCUUAGGAACUUUGUGGAGGAAGAGCUUGGCUCAAAAUAUGUGGAAAGCACAAGGAUGGGCUUAGCAAAAUCCUAUGAAGAGAGCAGUCCAGCCACUCCUGUGUUUUUCAUUCUGUCUCCAGGAGAAGACCCACUUGAAGAUAUUGAGACACUAAGCAAAAAGCUUGGGUUCACUAGAGACUCUGGAAGAUUUCACAACAUCUCUUUAGGACAAGAGCAGGAGAUGGUUGCAGAGGAGGCACUCGAGAAGGCUGCCAGACAUCGCCAUUGGGUUCUUCUCCAUAUUAUUCAUCUAGUAGCCAAGGGGCUACGAACUUUGGAAGAACUCCUCAAGCAAUACAGUGAAGAAAGUCAUCCUGAUUUCCGUGUCUUUAUUAGUGCUGAACCAGCUCCAACCCCAGAAGAGCACAUCAUUCCUCAAGGAAUGCUAGAAAACUCGAUUAAAAUUACCAGUGAACUUCUUACAGGGAUGCUGGCUAAUUUACAUGCUGUACUCUACAGUUUUGACCAGGAUACCCUUGAACUGUGUACCACAGAAGCAGAAUUUAAAAGCAUCCUUUUUUCUCUGUGCUAUUUUCACACUUGCCUUGCUGGGAGACUGAAGUUUGGCCCUCAGGGCUGGAAUGGAAGGUACCCGUUCAGUGCUAGAGAUCUUGCCGUCUGCGUAACUGUCCUCUGCAACUAUUUAGAGACCCAUAUGAAGGUUCCGUGGGAAGACUUGCGUUACCUCUUUGGUGAGAUCAUGUACGGUGUCCACAUCACCGAUGCCUUGGACUGCAGGCUUUGCUGUAUGUAUCUGCAAGAAUUCAUCAGCCCACCUCUUAUUGUGGGGGAACUGACUCUGGCACCAGGUUUCUUGGCCCCACCAAAUCUGGAUUAUGAUGGAUACCAUAAACACAUAAAUGAAAUGCUUCCAUCUGAAAGCCCUGUACUAUAUAGACUGCACCCUAAUGCUGAGAAGGGAUACUUGACAGCAAGGUCAGAUAAUCUCUUCAAAACUCUUUUGGAAAUGCAACCCAUAAAUUCAUUCGUAGGAGAAGGAUCAUGCCAGUUUGCAGAGGAAAAGGUUAAGAACGUCCUGGAUAGUAUUCUGGAGAUGCUUCCUGAGGAGUUUAAUAUGGCAGAAAUCACGCAGACGACUAUUGCCUGGAGUCCCUAUGCCCUUGUUUGCCUUCAAGAGUGUGAGAGGAUGAACCUCCUCCUUUCAGAGAUCCGUAGGUCUCUUAAACAGCUGGACCUUGGUCUGAAGGGGGAGUUGAUGUUUUCUCCUCACAUGGAAGUGCUGCAGUCCGCACUCUUCUAUGAUGCUGUGCCAGACACAUAGACUAAACUAGCAUAUCCAUCCACAUACUGGGUUACCGAUCUUCUCAUGCAAUACAGAGAACUUCAGAUCUGGACACAGGACCUUGUGCUGCCAGCAGUGGUGUGGCUUUCUGGCUUGUUCAAUCCUCGGUCCUUUCUGACAGCUGUAAUGCAGAGCACAGCACUCAAGAACAACUGGCCUUUGGAUAAGGUGUGCUUGACUGUAGAUGUUACCAAAAAGACCAAAGAAGCUUAUGGCUAUCCCCCAAGGGAAGGAGCCUGUAUCUGUGGGCUUUCCAUGGAGGAUAAGAAAUAA